AUGGAAUCCCUCUCAGAGACCCUGUGGGAUGUAGUGAUCAGCGGCACUGGGCUACAGCAGUCCCUACUCGCCCUAGCUUUGUCGCGUUCAGGCAAAAACAUACUCCACGUCGAUCCCAACGACUACUACGGGGGCUGCGAGGCGGCUUUCAGUCUCCAAGAGGUGGACGAGUGGGCUGAGAAGCACAGCUCUGCUGACAACGGGAAACUGUUUGCUGCCGCAGAGGUCAAGCGUGAUGGCGACAGUCCAGCUUCGGUACGAGCUUACAGCUUGGCCCUUGCGCCGCAGCUGAUACACUCGCGAUCGAAGCUGGUGACACAGCUGGUCGACUCGAAAGCGUUUCGCCAGAUCGAGUUCCUCGCCGUCGGAUCCUUCUACAUCUACCAACCACCCUCAGAAUCUUCCCCGACCCCUUCGCUCAGCAGGAUCCCCUCGACCCGAGAAGAUGUUUUCUCAAACACAUCUAUACCGGCCCGGUCCAAGCGGUCCCUGAUGAAGUUCCUCAAGUUUGUGCUUGACUAUGAGUCGGAACCUCAGACCGAUGUGUGGGGGCCUCGCGCAGACGAGCGGUUGGCAGAGUUUUUGGCGUCCGAGUUCAAACUUGAUGCUACACUCCAGUCCUACGUCGUUACACUGACCUUGAGUCAUGACGGGAACAUUUCUGUCAAAGACGGCCUUGCGACCAUCAGCCGCCACCUGACAUCUAUGGGUGUCUUCGGGCCAGGCUUCGCUGCCGUCUACCCUAAAUGGGGUGGCCUCUCAGAGGUAGCUCAAGUGGGCUGCCGGGCUGCUGCUGUCGGCGGCGCAGUCUACAUGCUGGGCUCCGGCAUUCGGGAUUUGCAGAAGCCACAGUCUGAUCAGGCAGAUGCGCCAUUGGCGCUCACCUUUACUAACGAUAUCGAGGUGAAGGCCAAGCUGGUGGUCCAAGGCAACGAGGAAUCGGACCCGGAAGACCGCCGAAUCAGCAGGAUCACCGCGGUGACCAAAUCUGACUUGUCAGCUCUCUUUGAGCUGCUGACCGAGGGUGCUCCCACGCCAGCUGUUGCAGUCGUUGCCUUCCCAACUGGUUCAAUCUCUGACGAGGAUGGAAAACCCUCAGAGUACCCAGUCUAUGCAAUGGUGCACUCGAGCGACACAGGGGAGUGCCCCACUGGACAAUAUGUUCUCUACCUGAGCACCGUUCGUACAUCGUCGGCCAAGAUCGUCCUCGAAAAGGCCUUGUCGUCGCUUCUCGCUACUGUGGCAGACGGCCAAGAAGUCCCUCCUUGCAUCUACCAGCUGUACUAUGAGCAAAGUGUUGGUGCUAGCUCCUUGAACGUAGACGACAGUGUUGCUACCUUUUCAUCCUCUCUGUCGAGCCUUGCUUUCGAUGAUUCCUUACUGGACUCUGUUCAACAGGCCUGGGAGUUGGUCACAGGUAGUUCCGGUCAAGACGAGACCGAGUACAUGAGGUUUGAGGAUCGAGAAGGCGGAGAUGAUGACGAUGCUUACGAUUAG